AGUGGCCAGAAUUUUCGCAUGAAUCUUACAUAGAAUGCGCAGCCGGUUCUUCCCAGCCAACAACGCUGCUGACGCUGUGGGUGGGAGGACAGCCAAGAGCAGGUGCAGCGAUGCGAACAAGGCGACGACCACGCCACAGCACAACCGGCGCCAAUCGCACACGUGCAUUCACAGCCAGAGCAGUGCAGAGGCAACAACAGCACAAGAAGCAAGCGUAGCACAAGAAGCAGGGGCACGAGGUUACCAGCAGGAUUUGCCUGGCACGAUGGGUAGAACAACAAGGGUAGCCAAGGCAGAGCAGGAGGAGCCAGGGGAGAGCGAGACAAGAACAUCCAGCUCCUCAACAACAACAACAACAAUGACAACAGCAAUAGCGACAACGGCAAUAGCGACAACGGCAAUAGCGACAACGGCAACGGCAACGGCAACGAGGACGACGACAAAGUCAUCGCUAUCAACGUUCAUCGCCAAGAGGCGACGAAGUGCCAGGAUCGCUGCCCAGGCUCAGGCAGCCUCGAGUGAAACAGCAGCCCAAGAACGUCACCACCACCAACAACACCACACCCACGACCAGGGACAGAUCCGCAACCAAGCACACAAACACAACCACAGCAGCCACAACCACCACCACGAUGACCAUAAGCGGCAGCUUCCGUCACCAACAUCCUCGCCGAAGAAGACCCGUGCGAAACUUCGAAAGCAAGAGCACAGGACCGGCAAGAGCCUCAGCAAGCGGCUGGACCGCCUCGUGCCCCGCGGGCGCGUGUUCAAAAAGGGCCGUGUGUGCGCUGGUGUGCGCGAAGCUGACGCCUUACAGCUCAAGCUACCAGAUAUCCUGAGCGACGACUUGGCUGUGCUGUUUGUCGGUAUCAAUCCAGGCGUGUGGAGCAGUGCCCGCGGUCACCAUUAUGCUGGCCCCGGCAACCACUUUUGGCCAUGCCUGAAUGCGUCUGGCUUGCUACCGCAGGGCGUUCGCCUCUCUUACGAGGAUGACCUCAACUGCAUCAACUACGGCAUCGGCUUCACCAACAUGGUCAGCCGCACCACCCGCGGCAUGGCAGAUCUCCCCAAACACGAGAUCAAGGCCGGUACCCAGCACGUCAUGGCAGUGGUGGCAAAUUAUCGACCUCGUGUUGUCUGCUUCAACGGCAAAGGCAUUUACGAAAUCUUUUCGAAUCAGAAGCGCUGUUCAUAUGGUUUGCAAGACGCCAGCAUUCACGGGGUGCCCGUGUUUGUGAUGCCAUCAACAAGCCCACGUGGCGCAGCAUUCCCAAGAUGGACGGACAAGCUCCAGUUCUUCCAACAGCUCCAAGGGCUGGUACACCGACACUCGACUGAUGCAAUUCCACAAUCCACGGCCACUGCGGCGAAGGAGGAAGCAGACCCCCAAGACGACGAGCGACAGCCCAGCGAAGGACAGAGCGACAUCAAGAAAGAAGUCAAGCAAGAGGCAGCAUGAAAUAACAACUACUGCUUUGUUUGAGUCACAACGUCGCGUGGUUCUGGCUUUGUGCCACUGUUUCUUGACCAUCAGAGCAAGCUUUCGUGCGAACACACGUUUGAUCUGACCAAAUCGUGAUGUGCGGGGGCAGAGUGAACAUAAAAACAUGG